AAACCAUUGGGUAAUGUGCAGAAAUCCAAAAAGAUCCAUUCCAAUUUCGUUCAAAUAAAUACGCAGCGCAGUUCAGUUAUUACAGAAAAUUCUUUCGCAUUUCUCUCUGAUCAAGCUUUCGCUGCUUGCUCUCUCUCUGCAGUCAUGGAGUUUUGGGGUGUUGAGGUAAAACUUGGUGAAUCACUCAAGGUUGUUCCAGAAAAUAGCGAGCUUAUCCACAUUUCAUCGGCAUGUUUGGGGGAGGUCAGCAAGGAUAAAGGGAGUGACCCGGUAUCCCUGUAUGUGAAGUUUGAUGGUCAGAAGCUUCAACUUGGAACACUUUCUUCAGAAAAAUUUCCUCAGACAUCUUUUGAUUUGGUUUUUGGGAAGAAAUUUGAGCUAUCCCAUAACUGGAAAUAUGGGAGCGUCUUCUUUUCUGGAUUUAGAAUUGAAUGCGAACCGGAACAUGAUUCUAGUGAAGAUGAAGAUUCUGAUGAUACUGAUUCUGAAGAGGAAGAUAUUCCACUUAAUGCUGAUAAUGGGAAACCUGUGUUGGAGGUGAAUGGUGCCAAACCCGUUGUAAAUGCAUCAAAACAGAAAAAGAAUCAGAAGGACGCUAGUACUGACGACAGUUCAGAUUCAUCUGAUGAGGAUUCUAGUGAAGAUGAGCUCAUGGCGAAUGGUCAAAUUAAAAGUAGUAGUGAAGAUGAAAGCGAUGAAGAUUCUGAUGAGGAGACACCGAAGAAGACUGAAGGGAGCAACAAGAGGGUUGCUGAAUCUUCCAAGGAAACACCUGUACCUGUGAAGAAGGCAAAAUUUGUCACUCCAGAGAAGACUGGUGGCAGGAGUAGUGUCCACGUUGAUACUCCUUACCCUAAGCAGGCUGGUAAAUCUGCUGCAAAUAACAAGCAGCCAGAGAAGCAGGAGACUCCAAAGUCUAGUGGAGAUUACAGCUGCAAGCCCUGUAACAGGUCUUUUAAGACUGAAGAUGCCUUAGGUUCUCAUAAUAAGGCCAAGCACAGUGCCAAGUGAAGGGUUUGUUAGCUUUAUGAUAGAAAAGUGAGCAUCUUGAUCUUCUUUGGAUCUGGGGUGACCUGAAAAUACAGUUGUUGAUUUAGGAAAACUGGCUGAUGGUUUUAUUGUUUAGAGUAUUAUUCAAAUUGGAUCAUCAAUAACUUGGAUUAUCAACUUACGAUCGAAUCCUGACUUAUGAGUAAAAAAAAUUCUCUUUAAAACGUGCUGCUACAAAGCUGAGAUUAUGACUUUCACGUUGUUUUCAA